AUGGCUCUGUCGAAACCCAUAAUGAAUCUUGUAGCAGCGUAUUUGCAGAACUUGUACUUGCAUCCCAUAAAAACAAAAGCAAUAACAAGCUGUGUGGUUGGCUCUGCUGGAAGUAUAGCAUCACAGCUAGUGGCAGGACAAUCAUUAAAAUUAGAUCCUAUAUUAUCUUUCGGUCUAUAUGGGUUAGCAUUUGGAGGAAGCAUACCUCAUUAUUUCUACGAGUUUUUAGAAAGACUGUUUCCUGAAGGGGUCGUGGCAUUUCCACUGGCUAAGAAAUUAAUAUUCGAAAGAAUAAUCUUUGCACCAAUCAUGCAAGCAUUUUCUUUGUAUACAUUAUCGAGGUUUGAGGGAAAGAAUCAUAAAGCUGCACUAAAACAGCUUUUUGCGCUGUAUUUUAAAGUAUUAGAAGCUAAUUGGAAGUGGCUUACUCUAUUUCAAAUUAUCAAUCUAGCGUUCAUACCGCCUAUGUUGCGAGUUCUAUUCAUGAAUCUUGUUGGAUUUGGUUGGGCGAUGUUUCUUGCCACUAAAAAGCGCGAGCAGAGUCAGAAGAAAGAUGCUAAAAACUAA